GUAACCGUACAGGAUGCUGCGCCGCAAAUAUUAAAAACAUACUAUAAGACCACCGACGAUACGCAAUAGCCGUGAAACUUUGUUCCUCGCCUUUAUUGUUUCCACGGGAUAGGAUCGUCACCAUCGUCGUUAUCGUCACCAUCAUCACAUCUAAAAUAUAAUGGGAAUCCCACCUCAAAUCCCUAAAGAGGUGCUCCGCGAAAUCGUAUCCUAUCUAAACCGCAGCGAUGAUCUCACCCCCUGUCCCUUAAGUGGUGUUGCGCUCUCGGCGCUGUAUGGACAUGUAGAUCUGCGGACGUUCCCGUGGCUGGAUAGUGCGUACGUCUACGAUAUGGAAGAUAGCGAUAGCGAUGCCGAUGCCGAUGCCGACGACGACGAUGAUGAAGAGGUUCUCCAGGAUAAGUCAGCCGGGCAAGAUGUGAUAAGUUUGAAGAGGCAGAAGAAUCUAAUUUCUUCCCUGGCAACGUGAGAGCAUGAUUCCAUUCGCUCCAAUGCCAAUGCCACACAUCUCAUCUACGUACCUCCUCCCUUUGCUAACCAUACAUUACCUUUGCAGAAAUCCCAAUCUAGGACAACUCGCCUCAGCCUUUUCGGAUGGGACACAGUUGCACUAUUUUUCAGAUGCCGCCGCUCCCGAUUCCCUCACGCUGGAUACGAUCAUAUCCGCAGCGUCAAGCAUGACAUCCCUCACCUCGGCGAAGUUGACCAGGAACGUGCUCUCGGCAUGUAUCAUCUCGUCACUGCAUAGCUACCCUCAUCUCGGGCGUUUAUAUGUGCAGAAUCUCAGUCCCUUUGAGGUUAUUUGGGAUUCGACAAAAGUGACAUCCUUGAGGAGUCUGAAGUGGAGGAUUCCAAACGUGCGUCGUGGGCCAAAUGGGGAUGAGGAGCUUCGCGGGAUUAUUCGCGGGAUUAUUGGAUAUAUAGCCAACGUCGUGAGGCGUACCUGUCCCUUGUUAACGGAGUUGGAUAUCAUCAUUGAGGACUCGUUUAGUGAUGUAGGCGGGGAGGGCUACAAAUUACCUGAUAUCCCGCAACAAGCGAUUGAGGGAGUUGAAGACAGGGUACGUUUUUACCAGGACACGACCCCCGACGACGACGACGACGACGACGACGAGAGCUUGACGCUGGGAAAUCUACAGCACCUAGGUCUCCAAUGGAAGCACUACAACAUAGUAGACUCCCAGACAUGGCAGCUGGUGGAACGACUCAUCCGUCAAAACAGUUCGACACUAACCAGUUUAACCAUCGAGUCUGAUCUCUGCGAUCCCAUCCUCAAUUCGUCCAUCACCCUCAAAAACUUAACAUCCUUGAGUAUCGCUGGAACCGUACGGACCCCCAUAAUCGCCGAGGGCAUAACAUCGCGAUUCGGCGCCCAACUCGAACGCUUCUCCCUCUCGGACACGGACACCCCAUUCACCGCAUCGCUAGGUCAAACCUUUGGAUCAUGGACCCGCCUCAAAUACCUCUGCAUCGGCGACGUCGAGAUGGCAGGUGGACCCUAUGGCAAGGAUGGCCGACCUGAUUUCGAAGCUUACGAUCUCAUGGAAUUCAUCACCCACCUUCCCCGCGGACUAGAAGAGCUCCACCUCAGAAUUCACGGCGACAGGUUGUGGCUCGAUGAUCCCUCUGAUUUCGAGCCGGUGCGUCGACUCGCGGGGCCGAUUUUCACGAAGCUGAGAUGCUUGCAUACUUGUGAUAUACUCGCAUACAUAAGUAACAUGGAUGGUGGGUUGAGCAUGGAACAGCCUGAGAAUGCGGUGCAUUACCGACGACUUCCUCUUCUCCGAGUCGGAUGCGGAGAUGCUGAUGGUGGUGUUCCUGCUGCUAGUGAAGAAGGUCCGAAUAAGGAGCGGCGAGGGUUAGAUACGACGAGUAGGAGUAAAGAUAUCUGGACGUCAACGAUGGAUUCCGUAUACCAAGACGAAAAUAACCCUCUCAUAUCUCAUUCAUGUCAGACGAUCGAGGUUGAUGAAGAUGGGGAUAGGGAUGCUGGCUUCGAGGGUCGUGAUGCGGAAGGUGUCUGGAUGGGCGGGGAGACGGUGUUCUGUGGUGGUGAUAAGACGUGGCCUGGCCAGACGGGGUUUAGGCUUUGGAGGUAUGAGGAGUAUGUGAGGGCGGGGAGUGGGAAGGGGGUUUAAAAGAAGGUGGAUGGAUGGUGGUCGAGGGAUGGCGGCAAUAGAUACCCC